AUGCUUUCAGAUUUCACAGACCUGUUUGAAUACAAUCCGAACAAAGCCUUGCCUGGCCAUAAUGACGAGCUGAUCGACGGUAUCACCCCUGAAGAAUGUGCCCAGAGGUGUCUGGAAGGAACCACUGCUGUACAGGAGGGGGAGUGUUUGUCGUUUGACUACUUCAAGCCACGUACCGGAUGUCAGCUGAGUAGGGACAACAAAGUCACAGCUGGGCUGACACUUACUUUUAACAGUUAUUUCGACCAUUACGAGAUGAAAGAUAUAGCCGGUUUCUUCUCUGAACACGCCGACCAGGUCCUAGGCGGUCACAACGACGUUUUUGUCACCCCAGCGACUGUGAGUCCCCGGACAUGCGCACUGCGGUGUCUGCUGGGAGAAGAGAUCCUCUCAGUUGGGUCCUGUCUGUCCUUUGACCUGGACAGUGGGUCGGCGAGAUGUCUGUUGAGUGGAGACAACCAGAACACAGCCGGACAAGCACUGGAUUCCAACCCAAGAUUUGAUCACUACCAACGGAGCGAUAUCAAUGAGUGUUCCACCUAUGGCGGCCGUGGACCCUGUGCUCAAGUCUGCUCCAACACUGUCGGAAGUUACUCCUGUUCCUGUAAUGAUGGGUACAGUCUGGGCACCGAUGGACACACCUGUAGGGACAUCAAUGUCAAUCAGUGCGCGUCCAGCCCAUGUAUCCACGGGACGUGUGUGGAUGGCGCCAACUCUUACACCUGUACCUGUGAGACAGGUUGGGCGGGAGACAACUGUAAUACAGAGUCUGACAUAGAUGAGUGCACUGCCGGUACCGACAACUGUGACACCCAGGCUACAUGUACCAACACUGACGGGUCUUACAACUGUACCUGUAAUACAGGAUACAUUGGGGAUGGAGUUACGUGUUCAGAUGUAGAUGAAUGCUAUACCAAUGCUGAUGACUGCCACAUCCACGCAACCUGCUCCAACAUGGAAGGAUCCUUUGACUGUUCCUGUAAUCCAGGUUACCAGGGGAAUGGUACAUGGUGUACAGAACAAAAGGUAGCUGGUGUACCAGUUAUAGGGAUCAUCUUGGGUGUUGUGGCAGCUGUUUUUGCCAUUGGUGCACUUGGAGCUGUCGUUUUCUACUGCAGGUACACGCUGUAA